AUGGCGAACCGCAACGUCAGGAACAACGCUGCGGCGGUCGACGCAGCCGUGCGCCUUAUUUUUCGGGCCCGCGACGACGUCGUGCAAGUGCUGCUAGAGGUUGGCUUCCUGACGGGCUUCAUGGCGGCCAUCGCUGCCGGCUCCCGGCCGGCGGUGAGCGUGCUCGCUUACCCACCAGCCUACCUCGGAACACUCGUGGUGUUUCUCAUCGUUGGGCUGAGCACCAUGUGGGCGGCAGGAUGGGUGGCUGGAGACCCCGCCCGCCGCCGUGCAGCAGGAUGGAUGAUCCUCUUUGCCUAUUUGUUUCUGAUGGCCAUGGCCGUUCCGGAAUUGUUCUUCGACAUCCUUGGUGCGAUAGCUUGA